AGUAGAGACGACGUUUUUGACGAGUGAUUUUUGUUUAAAAGUUUGUCUUUUGUGUUUGAAGCAGCAGAAACCAAAUAAAAAAAAAAUAUAUAAAUAUAAACAGUCGCAAAGGAAAAUUAACAGAGCAAAAAUAUAAAAUAAGCAAAAAAUUUUGUGUUCAAAUUACAAAGAGAAGGAAUUAAUUCCAAACAAGGAAAAAUAAAGCAAAAAGUCUUUCAAGAAAAUUUUUGUAAAGGCAAAAAGUGUGCGGGGCACACCUCAUAUAACUACAAGAAAAAAAUAUAAAAAGUGCAAUUUACUAGUGUGUAAAAUAAAAUAUUUGUAGCGACAGCCAAGAAAAAAAAAUAAAAUAAAAAUGAUGUACACAGAUUUGGAAAAUAGUCGAACCAAACGUCGCAUCGCACGACACGACGACCAAGAGUUCUCCAACCAAAGUAUCCUGAAUUCGAUGGAAAAGUUUGUGAAUACCGUCAACUCGAUGAACGAGACAAUUUUGGUGCCGUCACGGUUAAUGGAUCGACAGGUGGGCGACGAGACAGACACAGUGCCGCCAGCAUCGCCCAAACACCACAACCACCAUCACCACAGCAAAUCGGGCGGCAGCAAGAAGGAAAGUGCCCGCGAUCUCCUCAAAACAUCCGAUCUCUACAACUUGUACAACAUGCUGAACAGCGUGAAGGUCGACUUGUUGUGGGGACGUCAGGACGAGGCGAUGGAAAAUGUCGAAGAUGCUGUUGCGGCGCUCGUACUUGAUGCCUCCGCCACGUCGUCCACAGAAGAUGCCACGCAGGAGCCACAAACACCCACAACCGGCACAUCGUCGUCGUCGUCGUCAGUACAAACGAAGGGACACUUCCGCAGACCCAGUACGGCCUCGAUGAUGUCCACGGCAUCUGCCGCCAGCACCAUUAGUGAUAACGAAAGCGAAAUUUCCAAUGAGAACGACUCCGGCAUCGAGUCCGAGACGACGCAGGAACAAGACAAGAGUGAUCAGCUAGCGAAGCAAUUCCGAACACACCUCCUGGGACUGUACAAAUGUCUCGGACAAAUGACUGAAGCUGCAAACUAUCUAACAGUUCGGUACCAAAGUGAUGUUGGCUCUGUUUAACUUCUUUGCCACGCCAAAACCAACAACCUACAACAUAACCACACAUUAAGGAACAGUAAGCAAAUAAUAAUUAUAAAUAUAAAAUAAUCAUAAUUAUUACAAACUAGAACGUUAAAUCGUUAAACCAUUUAAAAAAUGCCAAAAUGACUGUUUGCGAGGUGCUUGGUGCAAAAUUUGUGCAAAAAAUUGAACAUAUUUAAAUUUGUUUUCGUCUAUUUUCUUUUUCGGGCACAAAUGAUGCGCCACAUUUAAAUGUAAAAAAAAAUAAUGCUGAAAAUUUCUUUAUGUUCGAAAAAAAAUUUUAUUGUUUUUCCAAAAAAUUGUGAAAAAUAAAAAAAUAUUGAAUACGCUUUAAUGAUAUUCGGAAA